GUAGCUUUCUUUCAUCGGAUCACGUCACCAAUAGAGAAUGGAAGUUUUUAUUUAACACAUUGUUCUCUAGCUGAAGCCUAGGGUUUUAGGCUUGAAAAUUUGCAAAUCCUGGAUCCAAACCGGAUCCUUCUGUGCUCUGAAUUUUUACAGAGUCUGAUCUACUUAACCGUGGACUUCUGUAUUUUUUUCCGUUUCGGGAGCGCAAUCAGUGAACUUUCCUACUUGAAGGUUUUCCGAUACUACGAAACCAGGAUAUAUAUUUUGACACAGCAGCAAUGUCUCGUGUAUAUGUUGGCAAUUUGGAUCCUCGGGCCACCAAGCAAGAGCUGGAAGAUGAAUUUCGGGUGUUUGGGGUUCUCCGCAGUAUCUGGGUUGCACAAAGGCCUCCAGGUUAUGCAUUUAUAGAAUUUGAUGACCGACAUGAUGCUGAGGAUGCAAUUCGUGCCUUGGAUGGUAAACAUGGUUGGCGAGUUGAGAUGUCCCGAAGUUCAAGAGGUGGUGGUGGUGGGGGUGGGGGUGGUGGUGGGGGUGGUGGUCGUGGACGUGGUGGUGGAAGUGAUCUUAAGUGCUAUGAAUGUGGCGAGUCGGGCCAUUUUGCUCGGGAAUGUCGUUUGCGUAUAGGUGCUGGAGGCUUAGGCAGUGGUCGACGCCGAAGUCCUAGUCCCCGCUUUAGGCGCAGCCCAAGCUAUGGUAGUAGAAGCCAUGGACGAAGAAUUCAGAGCCCAUCUUACAGUCCCUAUCGUGGAGCUUAUGGGGAUCGGAAUGGCAGGAGUCGCAGUCCACGUAGAAGCCGCUCUCCGCGGCGUCGAGGCUAUUCACCUCGACCGGGACGAAGUUACAGUAGGUCUCCCCCACCUCGUCGUAGCCAUCGGGUGUCUCCCUAUGCCAAUGGAAGUCCUCGUAGAAGUGGUUCACCUCGUGUGCAAUCAUCUCCACCUCGUCGAGAUUGUCAGGCAUCUCCUUAUGGCCAUGGAAGUCCUGUUGGCAGAGGUUCUUAUAGAAGUCGCUCACCUCAUCUGCAAUCAUCUUCACCUCCUCGUGAUCAACGUGCUUCACCAUAUGCCAAUGGUAGUCUUGUUGGCCGAAGUCCUCGUAGAAGUGGUUCACCUCGUCUUCAAUCACCUGCACCUCAUCCCGAGCGUCAGGUCUCUCCUUACGUAAAUGGAAGUCCCACUGGCGGAGAUCAGAGCCAUGCUCAUAGCUGAAUGUGCAAGGGGAAUGGAUGUAUUAUAAUAUAUAACUGCGUUCAUAAUUUGGAAAUUUCGAGAAUCAACAUCUGAGACAAUGAGGAAUCUGCAUUUGGCUGCUCUCUUGGAUAUUUGGCAUUUUUGUUAGCUCAAUGGCUCACUGUGUUUUUAAUUAGCAGCUAGUUUCUGCCUAAUGGCUUGACAGAGUAAUAGGCUGCUUGAUAUAUACUUGGACUCUUGUUGCAGCCUAUUCCUUUGGUCAACAUUAUAUGGUCCCAUCACUUGCCUGCCAUUUGGAUAAGUUUCUUUCCUGUUUUUCCCUCUUAAUUUUUCUUUGAAGCUUUUAGAUGUUUUUUCCCAAUGACACAAUUAAUUUUGUGUUUGACAUGUUCAAAAUUUGUUGGUUCAUAAAAAGAUUGAGAGAAAUUUUACUAAGGCAUUUACUUGUUUAUGUGUUCUGAGGUGUGAUCUUUUUAAAAACGGAUGGCAUCGAACUGCUCUGCACCUCCUUCUUGUAUGGGUAGUCAGCCUCUCUGCUUCAUGUCAUCUCCUGGAUAGUGUGCUUCUCCAUUCCUUCUGUGGUUUCCUCAAUUGCAUCACUACUGCAAUCAUAAUUACAUGGUUUGGCCCAAUUGAAUAUGUCUGGAGGACUGUGCUAAACCUGCCAACAUCCUUCCAGCCCUUCUUUUGUCACAUAAACUCCAUUCUCCAGCCCAUCUACACGACAUCACUCUUUUCUAGCUCAUCUUCUACUCGUGUGCUUUUCAAAACAAGAUGAACAACAUGUAGUGAUUAUUUUAGUGGAUUGAGUUGUUGGCACUUGGUGUAUUACUGGUCACAAAUCAGAUCACAUAGCAGAAUUCGAUUCUGAAGAUGCUUAAAUGUCCAAUAUGCCUGAAGGGCCAAUGACCUAGAUUAUGGAGACGUGAGAGCUAGUGCCUCUCUUCAAUUAUUGUAUGGUAGUACUCUCUUCAAAUAUUGUAUGGUAGUAUGAUGUAACAAAAUUUGGAACACUGAAUAUGGGACACAGACACAUCACUUUUAUGUCAAUUAUCAUCUUUUAUUUC